GGGGCGCGCACGUCUGUCGCUGUCGUUGCCUGACUUCCGGCGAUACAAAAGCUGAUUUUCCGCGGGUUCGGCGGGCGGCGGCGGGGUGCAGCGUGGGGUCCGCUGCACUGGAGAGCUGCAGGAUGGAGCGGAAGUGGGACUUGUGAAAUGUCGCCCUGCAUGAAGAGAAGAACUCCAGAGUCCCCACCGCGGCAGGGAAGCCACGAUGAUGACUUAGAUCUUGGGUUGGCUGUUCAGCCAGACCAGGCUCGAGACUUGGGAUCAGUGCCACUGUCCUGGGGCCCCAGCCACAGCAGAGCAGCUGGCAUCGAAGUUCAGUCUGUGCAAGAUGCAGCGAGCCUUCGAGCCAUGGAAGAGGCAGCUUUAAGCUCCCGGGUGCUCAUCCAGGACACCAUUACACCCGUUUUGGAAGCCCCUGAUGUGCCCAUUUCCCAGGAGAUCACCCUGACGGCCUCGGAGUCUUCUCAGCCCCCUAACAUUCACGUUGGUAAAGGAAAACUCCAGGCCACUGGCUCCAGGAGAGGGAAGAAAUUUGCAGGGAGGCCUGGGCCGGUGUCCCAGGAAGACAGAGAUGAUCCCAGCAGCACCCUGGAUCCCUUUUUAGGAGAGCCUAGUGAAGAAGUCGAGGAAGAUGGAGGAAAACUUCCGCCGAUGCUUUCUGGAGGGGAGCUUCCUUCACUUCCUGAGGCCAGCCAGUCCACGAAAUCUGGAAGCCAGCCUUGGGAACUGUCUCCCGUUGCUGUCGGUGUCUCUCCGCAGGAACAGCUCCUCAGGACUUCGGCUGCUCACACGGAAGAUGAGAUGGAAGAUGGAGGGCUCUUUAUUCCCACAGAAGAACAAGACAGUGAAGACAGUGAGAAAAGGCGGAAAAAGAAGAAGGGCACGAAGAGGAAACGAGAGGGAAGGGGCCAUGAGGAAGGGACUCUGAGUUAUGACCUGAAGCUGGACGACAUGCUGGACCGGACGCUGGAGGAUGGUGCCAAGCAGCACAACCUCACGGCAGUCAACGUGCGCAACAUCCUCCAUGAAGUAAUAACAAAUGAACACGUGGUAGCAAUGAUGAAAGCAGCCAUCAGCGAGACAGAGGAUAUGCCCAUGUUUGAGCCCAAGAUGACCCGCUCUAAGCUGAAGGAAGUGGUAGAGAAAGGAGUGGUCAUUCCAACAUGGAAUAUUUCACCAAUUAAGAAGGCCACUGAAAUUAAGCCUCCUCAGUUUGUGGAUAUCCACCUGGAAGAAGAUGAUUCCUCUGACGAAGAGUAUCAGCCAGAUGAUGAAGAAGAAGAUGAGACUGCUGAGGAGAGUCUGUUGGAAAGUGAUGUUGAAAGCUCGGCAUCGUUACCCCGGGGAGCAAAGAAAUCCAGAUUGAGGCAGUCUUCUGAAAUGACCGAAACAGAUGAGGAGAACAGCAUGCUGUCGGAGGCAGAGAAAGUCGCCAGCACACCUGCCGUGAGGCACAUCAGUGCUGAGGUGGUGCCCAUGGGGCCCCCGCCCCCUCCCAAGCCCAGGCAGACCCGGGACAGCACUUUCAUGGAGAAGCUACACGCAGUGGACGAGGAGCUGGCUUCCGGUCCCGUCUGCAUGGAUUCUUUCCAGCCCAUGGAUGACAGUCUCAUCGCCUUCCGAACCCGCUCCAAGAUGCCUCUGAAAGAUGUGCCCCUGGGGCAGCUAGAGGCAGAGCUGCGGGCGCCAGACAUCACCCCAGACAUGUAUGACCCCCAUACAGCAGAUGACGAGGACUGGAAGAAUUGGCUAGGGGGUCUCAUGAAUGACGAUGUAGGCAAUGAGGAUGAAGCAGAUGAUGAUGAUGAUCCAGAGUAUAACUUCCUGGAAGACCUGGAUGAGCCGGACACAGAGGACUUCCGAACGGACCGGGCCGUGAGAAUCACCAAAAAGGAAGUGAAUGAAUUGAUGGAGGAGCUGUUUGAAACUGAGCACCCUCCUCUGCCCCCCCUUUGCCCUCAGUUCCAAGAUGAGAUGGGAUUCUCCAACAUGGAAGAUGAUGGCCCAGAGGAGGAGGAGCGUGUGGCGGAGCCUCGUCCCAACUUCAACACCCCCCAGGCCCUCCGGUUUGAGGAACCCCUGGCAAACUUGCUCAAUGAGCAACACCGUGCAGUAAAGGAGCUCCUUGAGCAGCUGAAGAUGAAGAAAUCGUCAGCCAAGCAGCAGCAGGAGGUGGAGCGGGUGAAGCCCCCGGAGGAGAAAGUCCAGCAGACGCUGACCCUUGACCCAGCGCAGAGGAAGCGCCUCCAACAGCAGAUGCAGCAGCACGUCCAGCUCUUGACGCAGAUCCACCUUCUUGCCACCUCCAACCCCAGUCUCAGCUCGGAGGCCACCACCACCAGGAUCUUUCUUAAAGAGCUGGGAACCUUUGCACAAAGCUCCAUCGCCCUCCACCAUCAGUUCAACCCCAAGUUUCAGACCUUGUUCCAGCCGUGUAACCUGGCGGGAGCCGUGCAGCUCAUUGAAGACUUCAGCACUCAUGUCAGCAUUGAGCGGAGUCCCCGGAAGACUGGCAAGAAGACUGCCUCUGAAUUUCCUUGUUUGCCAAAGCAAGUGGCAUGGAUUCUGGCCACUAACAAGGUGUUCAUGUAUCCUGAGCUGCUUCCUGUGUGUUCCCUGAAGGCCAAGAAUCCCCAGGAUAAGAUUUUGUUCACCAAGGCUGAGGACAAUUUGUUAGCUUUAGGACUGAAGCACUUUGAAGGGACAGAGCUGCCCAAGCCUCUGAUCAGCAAGUACCUCCUUACGUGCAAGACCGCCCAGCAGCUGACAGUGAGAAUCAAGAACCUCAACUUGAGCAGAGCCCCUAACAACAUCAUCAAAUUUUACAAGAAGACCAAGCAGCUGCCCAUCUUGGUGAAGUGCUGUGAAGAGAUCCAGCCGCAUCAGUGGAAGCCGCCCAUUGAGCGGGAGGAGCACCGGCUCCCCUUCUGGUUGAAGGCCAGCCUGCCAUCCAUCCAGGAGGAGCUGCGGCACAUGGCUGACGGGGCCAGGGACAGAGAAUGCCUGACCGGGCCCACCGAGAUUAAGGCGGAACCUGGCAUAGAGCAGGGCAGCUGGGAGCCGGCGGGUGAGAGCCGGUACCCGCUGCUGCUGCCCAAGGGCGUCGUCCUGAAGCUGAAGCCGGUAGCCAACCACUUCUCCAGGCGGGCUUGGAGACAGAAGCGCUCGUCUGUGGUGAAGCCCUUUCUUACACGCCCCAUCAUCCCCUCCCUGCAGCCCAGCCCCGCCUCCGCGAGGGCCCCCACCAGGUCUGCGCUGGCGGAAGCUGUCCCCAGCAAGAUGGUGGUGCAGAUCCCGCAGCUCCUGCAGCCCACGGCUGUCUUGCAGCCCCUGCCGGCAGGGCCUCCCCUGGGCCUUUCCCAGCCUCUCAAGACGCUGCCAGCUGUGUCCCCCGAGACCAGGGGCAGCUUCCCUCCAUCUGAACCCCAGCCGCUGCUCUCCGCUGCCCCCUUGCCAAAGGUCCUGCUGCCCUCUCUGGCCCCGUCGAAGUUUCGGAAGCCGAGCGUGAAGCGGAGGGGUGCCAGGAGGAAGGGGGCCAAGGCCUCUGUGUGUCUGAAGGCGGCCCCCCUCAUCCACACUGCGCCUGUGAUCUUCACGGUCCCGGCCACCACCGUCAAGGUCGUCAGCCUUGGCAGUGGCUGCAACGUGCUCCAGCCCGUGAGUGCUGCAGUGGCCCAGAGCUCGCCGCCCAUCCCCAUCACCACCCUCCUGGUGAACCCCGCAUCCUUCCCCUGCCCGCUGAGCCAGCCCCUGGUGGCCUCCUCCAUCCCGCCACUGAUCGUGUCCGGCAACUCUGUGAACCUGCCCGUUGCGUCCAACCCCGAAGAGAAGGCCCACGUGACCGUGGACACGGGCUGCCCCGCGGCCGAAGGGAAAAGUGCUUUCCCAGGCCUGCAGCCCAAACAAGAGCCCUUGGAGCAGGCCCUGCCUGGCGGGCCUGCCCUCCACAAGGAGGAGCGGAGCCCGGUGCCAGCGCCUGUGGCCAGCGUGUGCCGGGCUGACCCGGCCGAGAGUAGCACAUACGGCUGGACAGUCGUGAAGACCGAGGCAGGACGGCCCACCCUGGAGCCUCUGGCUGAGGCCUUCCUGGAACUGCGACACUCCCCCCGGUCAGAGGUAGACAUAACGGUCAAGGUGGAGCCGAAGGACCCGGGAGAGGAACCUUCUGGGGGCCUCCUGGAGCCGGACACUGGUGGGGAGAUCAAAGAAGAGCAUCCGAUGGAACUGGACACCGGCCUCCCCCACGGACAGGCGGGGGCCCAGGAGCAGGAGGGCGGUCAGCCAGCUGGGGAAGCCACCCCAGGGGAGGUGAGCCGGGCGUCUCCAGGGAGCGGAACUGCCUCCUGCGCCGACCCGGACGGGGCUCUGAGCAGUCCCCCAGGCAAGCCUGAAGAUGUGGCCAGCGUCAACAGUCAGUCCGAGGGGACCCCCGCGGGGCCAGAGACUGGAGGUGAGAAGGAGGGCCCUGAGGAAGAGGAGGAGGAGGACUUGGACGAGCUGACCCAGGACGAGGAGGAUGAGAUGUCUUCGGCAUCUGAGGAGUCAGUGCUCUCCGUCCCGGAGCUCCAAGAGACCAUGGAGAAGCUGACUUGGCUCGCCUCGGAAAGGCGCAUGAGUCAGGACGGGGAGUCCGAGGAAGAGAACUCGCAGGAAGAGAACUCGGAGGCCGAGGAGGAGGAGGAGGAGGAGCCGGAAGGCCUGGAGAGCCUCGGGAAGGAGAUGCAGGACGAUGCCCUUGGGUGCCCUGCCGUCACACCCCCAGCUCCCUUUGCGUCACCCCCACUCCCUCCGGAGGCUCAGCACAGUGGGAUGCCGCCCGGAGAGCACACCAAGGAGGCCAGCAAGGGCCGGAGCAAGCACCGCGCCCGGAGCAGGCGGGCGAGCCGGGCCCGGGCCAGCAAGGACACAGCCAAGCUGCUGCUGCUCUUUGAUGAGGACAUUCUGGAGCGUGAUCCACUGCGGGAGCAAAAGGACCUGGCCUUCGCGCAGGCAUACCUGGCCCGGGUACGAGAAGCCCUGCAGCACGUCCCUGGCAAGUACGAGGACUUCCUUCAGGUCAUCUAUGAGUUUGAGUCCAGCGCCCAGAAGCAGACAGCGGUGGAUCUCUACAAAAGCCUGCAGACUCUGCUACAGGACUGGCCGCAGCUGCUGAAGGAUUUUGCCGCAUUUUUGCUCCCUGAGCAAGCCCUGGCCUGUGGCUUAUUUGAGGAGCAGCAGGCUUUUGAGAAGAGUCGCAAGUUUCUCCGGCAGCUGGAAAUUUGCUUUGCAGAGAACCCCUCACACCACCAGAAGAUCAUCAAGGUCCUGCAGAGCUGUGCAGACUGCCUGCCCCGGGAGAUCAUGGAGCUCAAGACACAGAUGUGGCAGCUCCUUAAGGGUCACGACCACCUCCAGGAUGAGUUCUCCAUCUUCUUCGAUCAUCUGCGCCCUGCAGCCAGCCGGAUGGGCGACUUUGAGGAGAUCAACUGGAGUGAGGAGAAAGAGUAUGAGUUUGACGGCUUUGAAGAAGUGGCGCUGCCCGAUGUGGAUGAGGAAGAAGAACCGCCCAAGAUUCCCACAGCCUCCAAGAGCAAGAGGAGGAAGGAGAUUGGGGUCCAAAAUCCUGAUAAGGAGGCUGAGUGGCCAGAUGGGGCCAAGGACUGCAUCUGUCCCUGCCAUGAAGGAGGCCCUGAUUCCAAGCUGAAGAAGAGCAAGAGGAGAAAUUGUAGCCACUGCAGCAGCAAGGUGUGUGACAGCAAACCGUACAAGAGCAAGGAGCCCCCCGAGGUGGUGGGCAGUAGCCCCCACCGAGAGCCCAGCCCCAAGGAAGUUGGGGCAGGCAAGGAUGCACUGGAGGAGGACCCCGAGGCCACCCCGAGCAGGACUGGCAGGACCAGCAGGAAGGGGGACUUGCCUGUGGCCGGUCUGGCUGUGGGCAGCACUCUGCUUUCCCCUCAAGAAGCGACUCUCACAGAACAGCUCCUCCUGGCGGGCCCCUCCGCCGGCUCCCCUGAGAGUUCUCAGCUGCCCCCUGCAGCGCAAUGUGUGCCCCACACUGACAGGAGGGAGCAGGAGGGGUCUGCGCAACUUGCCCGCCCUACGGCGUCCCCCAGACCCGUGGACCAAGGGGCAGAAGGGGAGAACACAGCUUCCUUGCUGGCCUGGGACGCAUCGGCCGUGGAGCAGCUGCUAGGAGCUGUGGAGCCCCCUGUUUCCUCCCCAAGCCCCGUCCAUCCCAGGACCACAGACUAUGGGAGAAGACUGGGGCCGGGUCCAGCAGACUCUCCAGAGAGCGGGCUGCCUGUGGGCAGGCCAGCCCCUGGGGUGUCCCCACUCCGGGAAGCAUCGUCAAGAAGGGUCCCCUCAGCCCCGUCUCCCAGGACAAGAGGGGGUUUGGCCAAGGAUGGCGGGACACUGGGCAGGAGCCCUGAGGGGGAGCAGCUGCCCAAGGCGGCCGAGGCUACAGUUUGCGCCAACAACAGCAAGGUCAGCUCCACGGGGGAGAAGGUGGUGCUGUGGACCAGGGAGGCUGAUCGAGUGAUCCUCACCGUGUGUCAGGAGCAAGGGGCUCAGCCGCAGACAUUCAGCGCCAUCUCCCAGCAGCUGGGGAACAAGACCCCUGCCGAGGUCUCCCUCCGCUUUCGAGAGCUCAUGCAGCUCUUCCACACCGCGUGUGAGGCCAGCUCUGAGGAUGACGAUGAUGCCACCAGUACCAGCAACACAGACCAACUGUCGGACCAUGGGGACCUUCUGUCUGAGGAGGAGCCGGAUGAGUGAGAGGCGAGGUGCCCGCCAAGGAAGAGGAUACGCUAUUUGGCCCAGCAGAGGGCCUGGGCAGGGCAGACUGUGGGCCAGCAGGGCCAUCCC